UCAAAUCCCCUAAAACCCUCUUUAAACCCUUUUGAUUAGACGCGCCAUGUAUGGUAACAAUUUUCCACGCGCCGACCUUGUCGACUUAACGGCGCCGUCACAAUAUCCCUUGUCACAACCACUUCCCACUCCCUUACUCGUACCUGAUUACUCCGAGUUCGACCCACUGAGUGAGCCAGGGUCUGGUGCUAGCUGCUACAACUCGCCGAGUUCGCUCGCUAGUUUCGGAACUCAGAGUCCGAGUUACAUGCAGAGGAGUAUCAGCAGCCAUUCUCUCCAAAAGAAUGGGUUUCGUUGUCAUUUGGAAUACCUGGAAACAGAGACCGGUCCAGUUAGGAGGGUUUUCAGUGCUGGUGAUUUGGAGCAUGGUCGGAGGUCGGAGAGUCCACUGUCGAGCGAGAGUUAUGAGAUUAUAGAAUCAAUGAGUAAGGCAUGUCCUUACAGUCCGGAGGAGAAGAAGGAGAGGAUUGAGCGGUAUAAAACCAAGAGGACCCAGAGAAACUUCAACAAGAAAAUUAAGUACGAAUGCAGGAAGACAUUGGCAGAUAGCAGGCCGCGCAUCAGGGGACGAUUUGCAAGGAACGAAGAAAUUGAAAAGAACCCACAACUUCUUCAAUGGAGCCACAACAACAGUACUAGUACUGGAGAGGAAGAGGACGAGGAUUAUGAUAAUUGGGUCAAUUUUCUUGAUUCAAACUCGACCAACCCGUCAGAUUACCCUAUGUGAAAGAAAAAAAAAACAUUAAAUUAAAUUGUUCAAUUUGUUGUGUUUUAAUAGUCAUCAUCAUGUGUAAUUCCGGUGUGUUUUAUAAUCUUAUCAUAGCUAGUGUGUGUUGUAAAUAUGGUUCGUUGAUUGAUUGAUUUCUAAGCCUUGAUCAA